AUGGACAAGUUCCAGAGGGUCGAGAAGGCGAAGCCCGCGGUGCCCAUCAACGUCAACGAGAUCCGUAUCACUACCCAAGGUGCUAUCAGAAACUACAUCAGCUACGCUACCACUCUGCUUCAGGAUAAGCAAGUAAUUGAGAUUGUCUUGAAAGCAAUGGGACAGGCAAUCAGCAAGACAGUUGCCAUUGCUGAAAUUAUAAAGAAAAGGAUUCCCUCGUUGCAUCAAGAUACUGCCAUCAGCUCUGUAAGCAUAACUGAUGUAUGGGAACCUAUUGAAGAGGGUCUUGAAUCUGUGGAGACGACUCGUCAUGUCUCAAUGAUUUCAAUCACAUUAUCAACCAAGGAGCUAAACACAAGCUCUCCUGGGUAUCAAGCUCCAUAUGUUGCUGAACAAUCAAAGUCACAGCCCAAUUACCAACAGCAGCAGCAACCAAAACAAGCACGGGCUUCAUACAAUGCUGUCAAUGAAGAUUCAUAUGGCCGAGGUCGUGGACGUGGUAGAGGGAGAGGGCGGAAUUGGGGCAGGGGUGGAGGAUACGGCAACUAUCAAGGUGGAUAUGGUAACUAUCAAGGUGGAUAUGGAAACCAUCAAGGUGGUUAUGGAAACUAUCAAGAUAAUGGUGGAUAUUCAAACCGGGCAAGAGGUGGAGGACGUGGCAGAGGUUGGGGUAAUCGUGGUGCUGGUGGCUAUGAAAGGGGUGCUGGUGGCUAUGAAAGGGGUGCUGGGGGUUAUGAAAGGGGUGGUGCUGGUGGGUAUGAAAGAGGAGGUGCUGGUGGGAAUGAAAGAGGAGGUGCUGGUGGUGGGUAUGAAAGAGGAAAUGGUGGUGGUGGGUAUGAAAGAGGAGGUGGUGGUGGGUAUGAAAGAGGAGGUGGUGGUGGUGGGUAUGAAAGAGGAAAUGGUGGUGGUGGGUAUGAAAGAGGAAAUGGUGCUGGUGGGUAUGAAAGAGGAGGAGGUUCUGGUGGGUAUGAAAGAGGAGGUGCUGGAGGAUAUGAAAGAGGAGGUGCUGGUGGAUAUGAAAGAGGAGGUGCUGGAGGAUAUGAAAGGGGUACUGGUGGUUAUGAAAGAGGCAGAGGUGGAGGGGGAAGAGGGUAUGGCCGUGGGCGAGGACGGAUGGGUGGGCGCACCAGGGGUGUUGCAAACCAAGCAUAA